GUACUGAGUACUCUGUUGGAAGAAAGAAGCCAUGAAGGGACAGAUCUGUGUUGCGGUCCUGGCUGUUUGUCUCCUAGUGCUCGGAGGCACAAACGCACUUCCCCUGGACUGGAACCAAGUUGGAGAAGGCGGCUUCAACAAUGGGAAUGGCUUCAUCCCCCCUGUCGCCUAUGAACCUCAAGGUACCCUAGGGAACGGUGGCGGCCUUGGCGGGAUUGCUGGUCAGACCUUCAGUGAUAAUGGGGUUGGCUUCGUACCCCCUGCCGUCUAUAAUCCCCAGGGUACCCUAGGGAACGGUAUUGGAUUUGAUGGGAAUCCAGCCGGUUGGCCAGAACUUCAGUCACCAUACGAACAGCUUUGAGACACCAGUCAUCUACGAUUCCUGAAUAUUUUCCAUCUGAUUUCAAUCUAUAAUCCUAAAUCUACCCUGAUGAUGAAGAAUUUCGCUUAGAAAUGCAAAGAUCCUAUGUCCUUUUCCUGGUGCAAUGCAAAUAAACCUGAAUCUUACA